GGCCAUCUGUACACCGUGCCCGUCCGCGAGCAGGGCAACAUCUACAAGCCCAACAACAGGGCCAUGGCGGACGACGUGGGCGAGAAGCCGCUGUACGACGCGCACACCAAGGAGAUCGACCUGGUCAACCGCGACCCCAAGCACCUGAACGACGACGUGGUCAAGAUUGACUUUGAAGAUGUGAUUGCAGAACCGGAAGGCACACACAGUUUUGACGGCAUCUGGAAGGCCAGCUUUACCACCUUCACUGUGACGAAAUACUGGUUUUACCGCUUGCUCUCCACCCUCUUUGGCAUCCCAAUGGCACUCAUCUGGGGCAUUUACUUUGCCAUUCUCUCUUUCCUGCACAUCUGGGCAGUUGUGCCCUGCAUUAAGAGCUUCCUAAUUGAGAUUCAGUGCAUCAGCCGUGUCUAUUCCAUCUACGUGCACACCUUCUGUGACCCACUCUUUGAAGCUGUUGGCAAAAUAUUCAGCAGUAUCCGCAUCAAUAUGCAGAAAGAAAUAUAAAUGACAUUUCCAGGAUAGAAGUAUUCCUGAUUUUUUCCCUUUUAAUUUUCUUGGUGCCAAUUCUGAGUUUCGAGUUGCUAGUUCAGCAACAGUUCAUGAAUGAUUUAUCUUGGUUCAGAACAAAGAAAUCACUUUCUCAGUUUUCAUAACUAUUAUUUGUCUCUUCUAAGCUCUUUCAUCUAUUUUUUGGUGGUCUGAAUUUUUUAAAGCCAUUCCAGUUUUUUCUUAUUUUUUGAUUUGCAUGUGGAUCAUUGUUUUACUGGUUGAGAUAUGAGCAUACAGUUGAAAGAUCAUUUGGGAGAAAUAUGAAAAACUUAGGAGGAGAAAAAAGAAAACCAGUCACCUCAACUGCCUACUCUAAAAUGUUGAUCAUUCUAUAGGAAGUGAAGAUUCCAGGCUACAGCCAUGGUGGUAUAGGUCGGUGGGAAGAUUGUAAGCAAACAUUUUCCCCACCAUCUGAGGUGUUAGUGACCUGCUGUCAUUUUCCUUCAUAACCCAACAGGAUCCAGUGAUCCUUCUGAAGUUAGAAAGCAUAAUCUUCUGCAUUUACAAUAUCCCACUAAUGCCUUACUCUUCUUAAAAUUUUAACCUAUGAUAUUUCCUGUAGUAUUUGUUAUAUAGGCAAUGAGACAUAAGUGCCUUCCCGUUUUUCACAUGUGCCUUUUCAAACCAGGUCUAACUCAUCAACUUUCUUUAAGUGAGUAGCUUCCUCGAAGACCAGAAUUAGGACCCCAUUACCUAACUCUCUGCACUUGUUUCUGACUCUGAGACGCAGAAUCUGGUGAAGCUCACGUCUACGACCCAUCAUGUAGUAUCUUUACCCAUGCUGAUUAUGGUCAACAUCAGCCCAAUGAAAUGAAUUAAAGUGCACAAACGGGGCUGACGGGCCGGGCCCUCUCUGGGCUGGCGGGAGUGGAAGCCAACUUUUCCUGCCUCUCAGCGCAAUGAGGUCAGCGUGUCUAUUCAGCUUCGUUUAUUUUCAAGAAUGAUCAAGCUCUCCUGAAUCCGAACUAAUCCAUCACAGGGGUGGUUCAGUGGCUCGACAUUGUGUUCCCUUUCCGGGUGAUCCGUGGGCCUCCGGGGAAAGGCUGUCAGAAUGAAAGCCAUUGUGUGAGGCUGUCAGAGCUGCUGCGAACGUGACCCCUUCCAAGUGGAGCGCUUGCAGCCAUCUGUUACGCGGACACUUGGCCCCUCCCACCGCCAGGAGCCUUGGAGCUAAUCCCGCCCUCCUUUGCUCAGAGGAAUGGGGAGGAGGCGGUAGUAAAAUGUUGAAGAAUUUUGCUGGAAUAAGUUCAAGUUUUUCCGGAUUCAAACUGAGGAAUUUCACCUGUAAACCUGAGUCUACAGAAAGCUGCGUGGCACAUCCAAAAGUUUUUCAGCCCUCUUGCUCGUAUUGCGGGUGUGCCCCUGGGAACUUUUUUAACCUCCGGUUAUGCUUUUAUUUUUAUUUUCAUACCCUUGCCGGAACUCUGCUUCUUUUUUUGCCUCCUCUGGUUCUCCUGACACUUUACCGACCUGUUACUUACUUUGUUUGCAUUUUAAACAGACACUGGUAUGGACAUAGUUUUACUUCUAAACUGUGUUCAUAACCGAAAAGUACACUAUACUCCAUGCUGUGUAAGUGGAAAGAUAUUCUUAUCUUUAUGUUAAAAAUCACUUGGGAAAUGACUCUGAUUCAGUCUGUAAACUGUGUACCCCAAGAUAUGUCUGUUCUCCCUAGAUGCUUAGUUUCUCAUGCAAAUCAACUGCUGGUCCAAAGAUCGCUGAAGUUUUAUAUGCUUACUGAUAUAUUUUACACUUUUUUAUCUGCAUGUCCUAAAAAGGUUAUAAAUCUGCACAAUAAAAAUGUUUAACAGUUAA